AUGGGCAAUUUGAUUUCGAAACCGAAUGGUAGAAAAGGAAAGAAGAAAGAAAAAUCUAUAGAACAAAACACCGUAGACAAAUUUACUAAAAAUUUUACUUACGCUGAUGGACUUAGAUAUCAUAACGUGAGAGACGCUCGAUAUCCUCUUCCCAACGACGAGAACGAACUGGAUAGAUUACAUCUGCAACACUUUAUGAUGAGAUAU